GAAAGUGGAUAAAGAAUUGUAAAAAUUCCAUUGCAGAGAAAUCAUUGAGCUCAUCUGGAAAGAGAAACAAAUGAAUAUUGUAAAAUUUCAUGAUUUUCUAUGAAAAAAUCUCGCUUAUGGUCACGUAAUCUCUCCAAUGUCUUCAAAAUACCAUUGCGAGGUACUCCAGACGAUGCAUGUUCAACCAAAUCCUUGAUGUUUUCAUAGGAUUCCAUUUCGAAAUCUGCAAAUAUUUGGGGUUGAAGUGUUGCACAUGAAUCUACCGGCUUUAUAUCACAAAUCCCAUUUGGACCUCAAAAAAGAUGUGGGCCAGAUUAUACGAGAGUACUCAAGCAAAUGGAGAUGGCGUUUAGAUGGAGCAGACACUCUUAUCGAUGUGGGCAGUGGACCUGGCGAUGUUCUUAUCGAUCACAUUUAUCCUUUAAUGCCGACGAAUUUUACAAAAAUCAUUGGCAGUGACAUCUCAGCAGAUAUGGUAGACUAUGCCCAAAAAUUUUAUCAUUUUGUGGAAAAAUGUGAAUUUCUUACUCUGGAUAUUGGUUCGCCAAAGCCCUUGCCUGAAGGUUUGCAAGGUCAAUUUGAUCAUGUGACCUCUAUGUUAUGUCUACAUUGGGUUCAAAAUCAUAGAUUGGCCUUGAAUAAUAUUUUCAAACUCCUGCGACCCUCAGGUGGUGAUUGCUUUAUCAUAUUCAUGUCCAGCCACACAAUUUUUGAUGCUUACCUGCAUAUUAACAAGGAUCCCAAAUGGUCGCCUUAUAUAACAACGGAUGUGCUACGUUUUGUUUCGCCCUUACAUGACUGCGAUCAAACGAAAGCUGUGUUCACUCAAAUGAUGGAAGAUGCGGGAUUUUGUAAUGUUGAAGUGGAUGUAAGACCGCGAACGAUUAAUUUUGGUACUGUGGAAUAUUUUAAAGAAAAUGUAAAGUCCGUGUGUGGUCUAAUAGAUUAUAUACCAAAAUCCAAACAAGACGAAUUCAUGGAUGACUUUGUAGCUAUAAUGUCCGAAUAUGCUGCCAAAGGAGGUGAUUUUAACGAUUCGCAAUCCAAAUCUAGCAUGAAAUAUGAUUUACUGGUUGCCUAUGGAAGAAAGCCGGAUACAAGAGGAGAAAGCAGGUCCCUUUAA